AUGGUAUUGGACCAAGCUACGAAGUUGUCUAUAGUGAAAGAUGUGCUAAAGCGACCAUUGGAAGGUCUAAUGCCUGUUCAAGAUCUAGGCUAUUUUGUUGAAGCCUCAGAUUAUGAUGUCAAUAUAAGUCUUGAAAAAGAAGUUGAAGACCAUCUAUCUAAAGAAGUAUAUGAUCAUAUGUUAAGUAGAGCUGAUCUGGAUGAUAUACGUGAAAAAAUAUUACGAGACUUUGAAGACUUUGACGAUGAGGAGCUAGAGAAUGAACUUGAUUUCAAGAAAUUGACAAUUUCCUCGUUAAAAGAUAUUCCUAUAGAAGAAAUAAAAUUGUCAGGUUUAGAAGGUGAAUUAUAUCAGAGGACAGAAUUGAGUUUCAAGGAGGAUAGAUCUUCAAAAUACGUGUCUGAAGUAUAUCAAGAAAAUCAAUUGGAUGCUUCGAAUGCACAAAAUGAUACAAUGUUAACAGAUCAAGAUAUGAAUAUCAGUAUAACACAAUCAGAGAUAAGUGAACCAUCCGAUAUUCAAAACAAAAGGUCCAUGGAGUUACAGACGGAGUCGGUUCCAAAAAGACCAAAACCGUCGUUUUCCCUCGAUGAGGUGAGCUUUUUGGUCGAAAAGCCUUCAUCUCACAUGUUAGUUUACGACAAACAUCUUGGUAAGGACGUGAUACUGGUACAAUAUUUGGCACAUGCAGAGUUGUACUUCCUUAAAACUAAAGGGGAUGGUUCAUUGACAUCAGUUGAUAAUCAAACUUUGAAAAAUAUCACCAUCGAAUGUAAGGAAUGGAUCAGUUUAUUCUAUACAGCCAUGGAUACUUUGGCACAUGGUAAAUCUGACGGUAAUGAAAUAGCAUUCAAGAAAAACAUUGAGAAAGGUGUUCUCCUAUGUAAAAUGUGCUACUCUAUCAUGAGUAGUAAGAAAUUCACCUUAGAGAUCACAAGAGAGGAAGUGGUUUCAAGCAUGAUUACCUUUGCAACCAAAUUAUUGAAAAGUUUGGUAGAGAAAUUAGCAGUCAAUGACAAGGUUGAAAAUGAGGAUCUUCUUGAUAUAAUCACUUGGACGAAUGAACUUCUAGGUCAGUGUAUGGAGAUUUCAGAAUGUGUGGUUUUAUCAGAAUCCAACAUUUCAUCAAUCAUCCCUGCAUUGUUGUUUGGCCUUUCCUUUAAAUCAGAAGGAAAGUACAAAAUCCCUAUAAAGUCAUUGAUAGUGAAUUGUUCCAGUUUCUUAGUCUCAGUGUAUGAGAACUAUCCCGUUGAAAGAAAGUUUAUUUUGAAUGAAGUGACAACCCGUAUGAAAUUCGUCCGGAAUCCUAAAGAAAAAUUGAUAACUACCAGAAACGGUAAACAGAUUCAUGUUUUUAGUCAUAUUAUAUUCAGUUUACUUGAGUUCGUUCAAUUGAAAGAUUCAAAAUCGAACUACGUUCAACUAGUUGCUUCUAAAAUCACCCCUGAUGAACAAGUUUUCACCCAAAAGUUACUAACAGAAUUCGAAAAGACAAGAGAAUCGAUAACUUUUGUAUUAAACACCCUCCAUCAAUUUUAUUUGGAAGGUGAUAGAAUUGGUUUUGAUAUUUUGAUGGAGGAUUUGAACACUUCAAUAUUGAGUUUGGACUACUGUUCUAUAAUUACCAUCAUUGAAAUUUUGGUUCCCUUUUUGGUUUCUCAAUUGGCUAAAGAUCCUUUACCACCUCAACCAGCUGAAACUGGGCUUGUGGGGAUUUGUGGGAUUCUUUGUUCCACAAUUUUCCAGUUAAAGGGUAAAUUUGAUUCUAACAUCAUAAUCGAACCAAUGAUGCCUGUUGAUGAUUUGAACAGAUUGUUGAAUCAUUUGAAAAUUAUCCAGAUGUUCAGUUCUCAAAAUGGUGGUACCAGGAUUCUUAGUCAUUCUACUACCCAUUUGUUAUUACAGUAUAUGGAUAUAUUCUCAAAUUUGUCUGGAAAAGAUGAACAAUCCUUGGAUGCUUUAUUGUCAGAAUCAAACGAGAAAACCAAUGCAAAAGCUUUAAAUACGGCAGUUCAUGGCAUACUUACAGAUUUGCUUCAACCUAAGAUGAGUGAAUCUGUUAAUGAGACAAUAGCCCAGAAAAGCUAUUACGAGCUUCUUGUAUCUCGAGUAGGCGAUAAGACAAACCUUUUAAUGCAUGUUAUAAUGCAAUCCUUAGACAGCAAGAGAGUGAAAACCAAAAGUAAAGCGGUUAAAUUAAUUUCGAGCAUUUCCAAGGUAUUCCCUCAAUUCCUAUCUUUAACCUCAACUCAAUCGAUUCUUCCAAAGUUAUUGAAUGACGAAUCUCCAAUGGUGAGGGAUUCCAUUCUUGAGCUUUUGGGUAACUACAUCAAUAUCAACCCCGAGAAAUCAGAGAAGCUUUUCCAACCAAUCGCUGAUUGUAUCGAUGAUCCAAGUAUUCAGGUGAGAAAAAAGACCAUUGAUAUUGUCAAUAGGUUGUACGUCAACAUCGAAUGGGAUUCGAAAGCUUUCAUGUUAGCAAAACUAUUGAGAAGGUUAGAAGAGGAAGAAGAAGAUAGUGUGGUUAAUCUCAUCACUGCAUCAUUGAAGAGAUACUUUUUCCCUCUACAAACUUCUAAUGAUGAUGAAUGGAUUAGGAUGAUGUCAGAUCUUGCUGAAAACAAACAAAUUCCUAGAUCUUCAGAAUACCUUGAACUUUUCUUGACCAAAAAUCCCACCCUUUCUCAAAACAUUCAAUCUUCCAUGGAUAUAUUGGUGAAAAAAGUCCUAUCAUUGAACGAGGAUGAUGAACCUGAGAUGAUCGGAAGAGGUUUUGAUAUCAUAUCAAUAUUUGUUAAGAUUAAAGGGGAUUCCUUCCCUUCUUAUCAUCUCAAGUCCUUAUUGCCCCUUUUGAAGAAUGGCAAUUCUGAUUAUCGCCAACAAAUUUUCAGUAUAAUGAAAUAUUCUUUACCUCAUGUUAAGUCUGGAAUCAGUGAUGAAUUUUAUAAUAAGGCCUUACAGAUAGUCGUUGAUGCUAUAGGGAAAUCGAAAGUAUCAACAGUUGAAGAUGUGAUCGAAUGUGCCGUAGCACUCUGUCAAUCAAAUGGAGAUUUCACCAAACUACAAAUCAUUGGUAUCAAUAUACUGUCCAAAAUUGUGACUACUUCGGCUAACGAGAUUGGUAAGACCAUCAAAUUAUUAUAUUUGAUCUCAUAUUUGAUAUGUCAUGUUGAUUUCGAGCCUGUCAGAGAUUCUUUUGUACCUUAUGGAUUACGUAAUGAAGAGUCAAUCACUAGUUUCAUAGCCAGAUUGGUAUUGCUGUUUUUGAAACCUGGAAAUAGUCUUCAUGUGAGACUAGCAGCUAUCAAUUCGAUGUUGAUUAUUUGUACUAAGAAUCCUCGAUUCCUUAGCCCCAACAGUACACCUUGGUUAGAUGAUGCUUUUAUUAAAGGCGAAAAAGAGAUUAAAUUUUCCAUUGUUCAAGGGUUAUACAAGAUCUUGAAAAAUGUUGAUAAAAAUAAACCAAAAGAACAUUCAGCCGGAUUCAAUGAACAUUCUCAAGGUUCUUCAGAUGAUAAUUUUAUCACAGCAGUAGUUCAGAAGUACCUUUCAGAAAUAUUUUCACUUACAAAAACUGACGAAGGACAGUUUGGGGUCCAACUCGUUCAGUUCAUCGAAUUGGCUUUAGAACUAGGAAUAGUUCAUCCUAAAACAUGUGUGGGUGAAGUUUUCGCCUUAAUCUCGAGCCAUAAUCCUAAAAUAAGAAAGAUAGCUCUCAAAUUAUCGAACUUCCUUUUCAGUAGAUACCAAAGUAUUGUUGAUACCAGUUACCUCGAAGCUUUUAAAUUGGCUGUUAUUUAUAGAAAAUCAUUAUCAAAAGACAUGCUACAUGAAACGUAUUACCUUCAAUUUGCUUACUCCAUUGUGGAAAAAACAUUAACGUCUAGGAAGAAAUUCAUCAAUGCCUUGACAAAAAUGUUUGUACUCAAUACCACUAAAAAUUUCAAACCCGAUCAAGCAUUCUCUGAAAGAGAUGGUGUUCUUUUUGCCAUAUUUAAUAUCCAAGGUAUUCCAUUCCAAAGUAUUGAAGAAAUACUCAUUUUGAUAUUUCACAUAGAUAAAUUACUUCAAAGAAAAGCAUUAGAUGUUUAUGAACAAAUCGAUGAAGAAUACGAAUCUUUAAAAGGAAACAAGAAACAGGCUUUGUGUUUGAAUUGUAACAUUAUCAUAGCAAUGAUGAACUGUAAGAGAUUCCUAAUACUGCGAUACAACAUAUCUGAAGACUCAAUAGUAAACUUCAAACCUACAAGUUCAACCAUUGAAUAUAGAGUAAGUCCUAAGAUAAAUAACGAUGUCAGAAUGCAAUUCAACUUCAACGAUUUGUUGAAAGACCAAGAUGAUUUACCCAUUAUCAAUAGAAUUCUUGCCAACUCCCUUGUACAAAUGCAAGAAUUAAAGCUGUAG